ACGCCCGCGAUGGAGCCGGCCGGCCUGCUGCGGUUCCUGCGGAGGCUCAAGGAGGUUUUCGACGUGUGCGACGAGGAUGCGGACGGCUUCAUCCGGGUGGAGCACUUCGUCGCGCUGGGGCUGCAGUUCGGCCAGGGCGAGGAGGUGGAAAAAUUGGCAAAGUACUUGGACCCAAAUGAUUUGGGAAGAAUCAAUUUUAAGGACUUCUGUCAUGGAGUUUUUGCUAUCAAAGGCUGUGAAGAGUUACUAAAAGAUGUCCUAUCUGCUGAAAACUCCGAGUCUCAACACUAUGAGCCACAGUAUAUGGAUUACUAUUACCAGGGCAGGGAAAUCCAGAACUGUGCCUACUUGGACAACGAAAGGGCCUACAGCGAGUCGGAGCUCUUUACUGAUGAAGACGUGAUGACUCUAGCACAGCAAGAACUUCACCAUGAGUCUGACAUGGACAGUGCUAUUGAGAGUGCUCAGAGCUCGGAGGCCUCCGACGUAUGUCGGAGUGAGGAGAAGGAUGGCAUGCUUAGUGGCCUCUUCCUGCCUGAUGACAAGUUAAGCCCUCACAACCCUUCUGCAGCAUCUGACCUCUCCACCUAUUCCACCGCCUCUCUGAUCAGUAAUGAAGAACAGUUUGAAGACUAUGGGGAAGGAGAUGAUGUGGAUUUUACUCCCAGUAGCCCAUGCCCUGAUGAUGAGACCAGAACCAACGCCUACUCUGACCUUGGCUCAUCUGUAUCUUCCAGUGCUGGCCAAACACCCCGAAAAAUGAGGCAUGUUUAUAACAGCGAGUUACUGGAUGUUUACUGUACACAGUGCUGCAAAAAGAUAAAUCUACUCAACGAUUUGGAAGCCAGGCUGAAAAACUUGAAAGCAAACAGCCCUAACAGAAAAAUAUCAAGUACAGCUUUUGGAAGGCAGCUCUUCCACAAUAGUAACUUCAGCAGCAGUAAUGGCAGCACAGAAGACCUGUUCAGAGACAGUAUAGACUCCUGUGAUAAUGAUAUAACUGAAAAGGUAACAUACCUAGAAAAAAAGGUGACUGAACUGGAGAACGAUAGCCUGACAAAUGGUGACCUGAAGAGCAAACUGAAACAGGAGAACACACAGCUAGUUCACAGAGUUCAUGAGCUCGAAGAACUGUUGAAAGACCAAGAGACAUCAGCAGAACAGACUCUGGAAGAAGAAAUAAAGAGACAUCGAGAAGCAUAUACUAAAUAUGAAAAAGAGAAAGGCACAGAAAUUGAGCUGCUAAAUACAAGGGUUCAGCAACUGGAAGAAGAAAACAGUGAGCUGAAAAGCACCGUCACACGACUGAAAUCACAAACGGAGAAAUUAGAUGAGGAAAGGCAACGCAUGUCAGAUAGGUUGGAAGACACUAGUCUGCGGCUGAAGGAUGAGAUGGAUUUGUACAAGAGAAUGAUGGACAAGCUGCGACAGAACAGACUGGAAUUCAACAAGGAAAGGGAAGCCACACAGGAGCUCAUUGAGGACUUGCGGAAGGAACUGGAGCACCUGCAGCUGUACAAGCUGGAAUGUGAGCGCCCAGGACGUGGCAGAAGCUCUUCAUCCAGUGUGAGUGAAUUCAAUGCCAAAACCAGAGAGGUGGAAAUGGAGCAUGAAAUAAAACGGUUGAAGCAGGAGAAUCAGAAGCUUCGUGACCAAAAUGAUGAUCUUAAUGGACAGAUCCUAAGUCUUAGUCUUUAUGAAGCUAAAAAUCUCUUUGCAACGCAAACAAAAGCCCAGUCACUGGCUGCUGAAAUUGAUUCUGCGUCAAGAGAUGAGCUCAUGGAAGCCCUUAAAGAACAGGAGGAGAUAAACUACAGAUUGCGGCAGUAUAUGGACAAGAUCAUUUUGGCAAUCCUAGACCACAAUCCAUCUAUCCUGGAGAUAAAAAAUUGAAGGGAAUAAUAAAGGAAAAGCAGCAACUGCCUGGUACUUCUGCACGUGCCACUGGAUCUAAACAACACUGAUACUGUAAAAGAAUCUAUAAAUAUAUAUAUAUUAUAUAUAUUUACACACUACGUGUGAGUGUGGGUGCGCGGGUGUUUAUAUGAUGUUUGGUACACUGUUAUUUGUCAUUGAAUUGGCUUGGUUAGACUUUUUCCAUGCACUUUCAAUACCUGUAACAAGAUAGAUACUGUAUAUUAAUGUAAUAACAAUAUAACUGGAUCAUGCUGUUUUAGAUACUGGACAAAAUGACUCUACCUCUAGUUGUAAAGGUAAAAGACAAUGGAAACAGAUGGAUGUGACCCUAACUUUAAGAGCAAGAAUUGUUCUUUUGUUCUUCCAGGAAUUUGGGUACCACAAGCCAAUCAACAUACCCAGGUUCAGUUCCUGACUGGUGCUGGCUGUGUAAUUUCCUAUUCAAUUUAGCUUUAUUACUUAAACCACACGUUAGGGGGGAAAAAAUGAGAGAAAAAGGAAAGAGACAAAGUAAAAGAGGGGAUGAAGAAGGUAUUACAGAAUUGUUGCUAUAUGUGUAAAACCACCAUCCACUUGUUUGCCACUGUCAGCACAAAGUGCUUUUUAUAUAAGAUCACUUUGGAGCGCCCUUUGGGAUGCUCCGAGCCAGCCCGCUCUUCAGUGUGUGUGUGUGCGCAUGUGUGUGUGUUAUGCCAGGGUCCUUGUAGCAUUGAGGCUAAGAAGUUGUUCACGUUCUAUUCCCCUAUUUUCAGGGGGUUUUCAUGGGCCAUUAAAAUGAAUUCUGGGAUCCUGCUCCUCCCCCCACCCCUUAAUUUUAAGUAUUUCACUGAAGGAACACAUUCACAUUCUUUAAAAACAAACUAAAACUGAGUGAAAUAGCCCCCUUCAAGGGGAGGAGGAGACUUUUAAAUCACUUGUUGACUUGCUUUCCCACCCCCGGGCAAACUGCACUCCUGUGAGAUUUUUGCAGGUGAGCUGUGCAGAGGACUGGCUGGGUCCUAACACAGUCUUGGGGAGAAGUCUGGUGUGAAGCAGCUUGUACCUUUAAGGCAGUAAAAAGUCAAGGAGCUUGGUCUUGCAAAAGUUGCCAAUCCAGACUGAGUACACAGUGCACAGCUCCAGCUCUGAAUAGGGAACACGUCCUGAUUUAGAUGAGCAGUUGUGCAGGUGCUUAACUUUAAAAAUGUACUGUGACUGCUCGUAGAAGUCAGUGGGCCAGAACAUAAGCUUUAAAGUUGAGCGUAUGCUUAAAUGCUGCCUUAAAUAGGGAUGGGCUUCAACACGUGCCUGUGUUUUCCUGAGUUGGAGCCAUGUAUUGUAGGACUAGGACCUUUUUAAUUAAUAAUAUAACUUAAAGCAAAAAAGCAUAUGGAAUUGGCUGAUAGUUGAAUGUUAAAUUUUAUUCCAUGCACUAGAAGCUUUUUAAGUAAAACUCUCACACUGGAAACACCUUUUGAUUCAUGCCAACUGGUGAAGGCAGGGGUAGUUACAGAAAAAUGGGCCCAGUAACUGGCUUACCCCAGUGCAUAGAAAUGUUUCCUCUAUUUGAGUACACUCCCCAGAAGAAUGUUACAGUAGCAAUGACUGCUUUUCUGUGUAUUUCUUGCUGUUGGCAGUGUCCUGCCCCUAGUAUUCUCUUGAUGUAUCUUGAUGUGUAUAUGUGAUGCAUUUUUCCUGAAUUUGAAUACAUAAAACAUGUAUUCAGUUAUGGAUGUAAAUAUAUAUAUAUAUUUUUCUGCAGUCUCUGUGCUCUUGACUUCAGUGAUGUCUUAAUGGAGUCAUGGGAAGG